AUGAGGGUGGUAGAGGGGCGUGGUUUCAGAUUCCGGUACGGCUGUGAGGGCCCUUCACACGGGGGUCUGCCCGGGGCGUCCAGUGGGAAGAACAGGAAAACAUACCCCACCGUAAAGAUCUGUAACUACCAGGGCCCGGCACGUGUCGUGGUGCAGCUGGUCACGGCCCUGACCCACAGUCCUCAGCUUCACGCUCACAGCCUCGUGGGGAAACAGUGCGACAAAGGCAUCUGCAUCACAGACCUGCAGCCCAAAGACUCCACCAUCAGUUUUCCUAACCUGGGCAUCCUCCAUGUGACCAAGAAGAAUGUUGGCAAGACCCUGGAAGAGCGCAUGGUGGAGGCCCUGAGGCAUGGCUACAACUGCGGGGUCCACAUCCACCCAGAGAUUGACGCCAUGCAGGGGGAGGUCCGCACGCCCCGGGAGCUCACAGACCAGCAGCGGAGCCUGAUCUCGUCUGCGGCGCAUGUUCAGUCCAAAGAGAUGGACCUGAGCGUGGUGCGCCUCAUGUUCACUGCCUUCCUCCCCGACAGUGACGGAGGCUUCUCCCGCCGCCUGGAGCCCGUGGUGUCGGAGCCCAUCUAUGACAGCAAGGCUCCAAAUGCUUCGAACCUGAAGAUUGUGCGAAUGGACAGAACGGCAGGCUGUGUGACCGGGGGAGAGGAGGUCUACCUGCUCUGCGACAAAGUACAGAAAGAUGACAUCCAGGUGCGGUUCUAUGAAGAGGGAGAGUCGGGAGUCACUUGGGAGGCUCUGGGGGACUUCUCACCCACUGACGUACACCGACAGUUUGCCAUCGUGUUCAAAACUCCAAAGUACCGGGACCUGAACCUGCAGAAGCCCACCUCUGUGUUAGUCCAACUCAAGAGAAAGUCUGACAACGAGACCAGCGAGCCCAAGCCCUUCACCUACCACCCCCAGAUCAUAGAUAAAGAGGAAGUGCAGAGGAAACGGCAGAAGACGUUGCCAAACUUCCAGGACUUCAGUGGGCCCCAUGGUGGAGCUGCAGGAGGGGGCCUGUACAGAGGAGGAGGGCCUGGAGGAGGAGCUGGAGGGUACUACCAGGGAUUUCCCACGUUUAACUACGGCCCUGCUGGAGGCGGAGGAGGUUUCUCUGGAGGGUACUCAGCGGGCCUGGGCUCUGGAGGAGGGGCCAAACAUGCCUCCAGUCGACCGGCAGCAGCAGCAGCAGCAGCAGCAGAUGAGGGCGACAAUCCUGGUGAUGCCUCCUCAGGAGCUGUUCUUCAGGAGCCAGCCCAGCCUCCGGCCUCCAGACUGGGGGAUCACUCGGAUGCCACAGUAGAAGAUGCAGCUCGUCACCAGGUGGAGGCGCUCUUCCAGUUCUCAGUCUCAGGGAACCCAGCUUUCCUCCUGGCCCCACAGCGCCACCUCCUGUCCUCACAAAACGAAGACGGCGACUCGGGUCUGCAUUUAGCUGUUCUGCACAGCCAACAGGAGGCGCUGCAGAGUCUGACCCAGGUCCUGUCACUGUUUUCUACAGAGAAACUGCUCAAUAUGAGGAACCAUCUGUACCAGACUCCUCUGCACCUGGCCGUCCUGACGCAGCAGAAAGAGGCUGUGGACACUCUCCUAUUGGCCGGCGCAGACCCCACCCUCACAGAUCGUCAUGGCAACACGCCACUGCACUUAGCGACGCUGCUGGAGGCGGGAGACAUGACGUCCCAGCUGCUGCAGAGGGCAGAGGGGCGGGCGCUGAGCCAAGUGGCCAACACUGCAGGUUUUGUUUUGCAGGUGGCCUUCACGACCAGAAUCUACCACCCCAACAUCAACAGUAACGGCAGCAUUUGUCUGGACAUUUUGAGAUCGCAGUGGUCUCCAGCGCUAACAGUCUCUAAAGUCCUAUUGUCCAUCUGUUCUCUGUUAUGUGACCCCAACCCCGACGACCCCCUAGUGCCCGAGAUUGCCCGCAUCUACAAAACGGACCCCGCUAGGUACAACAGACUAGCCAGGGAGUGGACAGAGAAGUACGCCAUGCUGUGA